AAACAUGCCCAAUAUAAAUAAUACGUUACUACUAGCAUAGAGUUGAAUAUCCACGAUAUUUUUAAUUGGGAAUAAGAAUUGAGCUUCAAUGUAUAUAAAAGUAUUGGUCUAGAAUAGAAGUCAUUGUCACGCACAUUCUUCUUCGCGAUGCGCCCCACAACCAUCCCGGUACACUUGAGCCAACAGCUCUGUAAUUGGAGCUUGAGGCUCAAAGAGUCAUGCAAUAUUGGAAAAUGGCAAGAAGUACUUUGUCACUUUCAUGAGAUGAAAAAAGCUGGAACUACGCAACUCACAGACCCUACUGUGUUUCCUCCCAUUUUAAAAGCUUGUUCAAACGUCUCACUUGGAUAUGGAAAAUCAGUGCAUGGAUAUUUGAUAAAGAAAGGAUUAGAAUCACACAUUUCCAUUAGUAAUUCCACCAUAGACUUUUACUCUAAAUCUGGGUAUCUAGAUUCUGCAUUAGGUGUUUUUAAUGGCAUGAUGGCCAGAGAUUCAGUUUCUUGGAAUAUUUUAGUAUAUGGGUACCUUAAUCAGGGUAUUUUAGAAGAAGGGUUGUGGUGGUUUAAAGAGGCUAGGCUUGCUGGGUUCCAGCCCAAUACUUCUACCUUGGUGCUUGUAAUUCAAGCAUAUCGUAGUCUGGGAGCAACUAAAGAAGGGUAUACAUUACAUGGUUAUGUGAUUCGAGGUGGGAUUGUGGCUAUUCAUUCAGUUCGAAACUCCUUAUUGAGUAUGUAUGCAGGAGUUGACAUGAUUAGUGCUCACAACAUGUUCGAUGAAAUGCUUGACAGAGACGUCAUCUCUUGGAGUGUGAUGAUUGGGGGUUACGUGCACAGUGGGGAGGCUCAAAUUGGUGUGCAGAUGUUUCUAAUUAUGACAUCUGAAGGUGGAACCGUACCAGAUGAAGUCACUAUGGUUAGUGUUCUAAAAGCAUGUGCCAACUUAAGGGACUUGACUAUGGGAUCAUCAGUACACGGAUUGGUGAUACUUAAGGGUUUGGACUGUGAUCUAUUUAUUGAGAACACUACGAUUGAUAUGUACUCCAAGUGUAGUGAUUCGGAUUCUGCCUACAAAAUUUUCAAGGAGAUGCCUCAAAGAAAUAUUGUAUCGUGGAAUUCUAUCAUAUCUGGAUUUGUCCUAAAUGAGAAGUAUUUAGAAGCUCUAUCAUUGUUUUAUUCCAUGGGGAAGGAUGGAAUUGAAGCAGAUGAGGUUUCACUUGUGAAUAUUCUUCAAACAUGUAAGCAUUUUGUGGAGCCAUUACUAUGCAAAUCAGUUCAUUGUCUAAUCAUCAGGAAGGCUUAUGAAUUGAAUGAAAUGGUGCUUAACUCGCUACUUGAUGCUUAUGCAAAGUGCAGCCUCAUUGACCAAGCACGAAAACUUUUUAAUGGGAUCGAAAGAAAGGAUGUAGUUUCAUGGAGCACUAUGAUUGCAGGGUUCACCCAUUAUGGCAGGCAAGAUGAAGCAAUUGCUGUCUUCCAAGAGAUGCAGAAGGCACAAGAGAAGCCCAAUAGAGUCACCAUUAUAAAUCUUUUGGAGGCUUGUUCACUGUUAGCUGAUCUGGCAAGAUCCAAGUGGGCACAUGGAAUCGCCAUUAGAAGCGGAUUGGCUGUAGAAGUAGCCGUUGGAACUGCAAUUCUCGACAUGUACUCAAAAUGUGGGGCAAUAGAAGCAUCCAGAAGAGCCUUUGACCAAAUUCUCAAGAAAAACAUUGUCUCGUGGAGUGCCAUGACAGCUGCAUAUGGUAUGAAUGGACUUCCUCACGAAGCCUUAGCAUUGCAUGCUGAUAUGAAGCUACAUGGUCUGAAUCCAAACGCUGUGACAACUCUCUGUGUUUUAUCUGCCUGCAGUCAUGGAGGCUUGGUUGAAGAGGGUGUCUCCUUCUUCAACUCAAUGGCUCAAGAACAUGACGUUGAGCUUAAAUUGGAACACUAUUCCUGCUUAGUAGACAUGUUGAGUCGAGCUGGAAAUCUGAACACAGCAAUGGACUUGAUAAAGAAAAUGCCUGAAGGACUAGAAGCUGGUCCAAAUGCCUGGGGGUCACUCCUGAGUGCUUGUAAAAGCUAUAGAAACAGCCAACUUGGUUCAGAAGCAGCCUCUCGUGUCCUCGAGUUGGAGCCAUUGAGCUCGACAGGCUACUUGGUGGCUUCGAGUUUGUAUGCGGCUGGUGGACUAUGGGGUGAUGCUGCAAACAUGAGGAGGUUGAUGAAGGCGAGAGGGGUAAAGGUUGUUGCUGGUUACAGCUUAGUGCAUGUUGGUAACACUGCAUCUAAGUUUGUUGCUGGAGAUUACUCUCAUUCACAAUCUGGAGAUAUCCAUUUUAUGGUUGAGCUCUUGCACAGUUGUAUGAAAAUGGAAAAGAAGAUUGAUUUUGGUGUCACAGAGUACUGACAGUGACAGAAACCAUUAAGUUUUCUCCUUGUGAAUUGUGGGUUUGUUUAGGAGAUUCCAAGCUUGGUUACUCAUGUAUGCAUUAAGAGGGAACAGCCUCCUGUCAAAACAAGUGUCACAAUGAAGGCAAAGAAUUAACAAAAAUAGAAAUGUAACUUAAGAAAUCAAAACGUGGUCACACAAGUAAUGACAUUCUUUCUUACAAUGAGGAUGAUGUUGUAGUGUUAAAAUAUAAGAAUAGAGGACUCUACAGCAAAACAAGUCUUUAAAACACAAUUAUAAACUAACGAGAAAUCUUUUGUUUAAUACCAAGCAAGCAAAGUUUUUUUUUUUUGGGUCUAGUUUUCAAACUCUGAUUUUCUCUCACUCUUUUAUUCAUUAUUUAACAAAAUAACAUUAUGUAUUGAGAGUAAAAGGUAAAAAAAUAAGUAUACUUGUAAAAAAAUUGAAUCCUAAUAUUAGAAAGUUUAAUCUUUCUCCUUGUCCCUUGCUCUCUCUCUCUCUCUCUCUCACCUGGACAGUGGGGGAUUCUUCCGCCAUGUUCAAUUGCUCUUACAACUCAUCUCAAGCUUUUCAUCCUCUGGUUGCAGCAUUCACCGAAAACAUUUUUCAUUUCCAAAAGGGUUCUCUUUUCCUGGAAAGUUAUCUUUUUUGUACGUUUUAUGUUCUUUUUUUCUACAAAUUCAAUCUUCAAUUUUGCUUUUUUAGUUCAUAAAAUCACGAACAUUUAAUUGUUUUGACAAACCCUUGUAUAGCAAUUCAGUAUAGUAUGUGUAUUGAACGUGCUCGCUAAGUGUUUGUAGUAAUUCUUAUGAGAAUUGAUAUGCAAACAAGCUUUCGUAUUUCCAAGCACCGCAUUCUUAUAUCAGAUUAUCUUGCCACUUGGUGCA